AUGUCAGACGCUCAGCACCAGAGUAGCAGCCUUCCUAGUAUCACCCAGUUUGCACUGUUUCCCCGUCUGCCUCGAAAGAUCAAACACCAGAUCAUCUGCAGAGCAGCAGAAGGUGCCGUGGAACACCUCGACAGGGUCUUCUUCCAGCAAUACGAGUAUGGCCCGCUGCCGCCGCAAGUCUUCUGGCUCAAUUCAUCCUACUCCGUGACGAAUUCCGGAGAGCAACCCACCCUGUGCGACGAGCGCCUGUCCGGCGCCCUUAGGUCGAUAGCUGGAGUUGCGAGGGAGUUCAAAGGUGUAGUCCAUGGUCUUCUCAACCACAUAACAUUGCAAUACAGUAAUAUUGAUGGGGUUUACCGGCUUCCUCUGCGUAUCAAGGUGCUGAGGACGCACGAGUAUGUAUACUUGCAAAACUUCCUCCGAGUACAGUGCAAGCCCACAAUUAGGCCAUGCUUUUUGCAGGGGUUCCGACUUCAUUUCGAGCACGUCCAAAGCUACCCGAUCGUCCUGCUAGAUAUUAACGAUAUCUACGGCCGCUUGACUGCAGUCAACCAUGCCCCUGACCCACCGUCCGAUGAAAUCUGGCUGGCAAGCACGAUCCAGGACCGCUCGCUCAUGGGGCCCCUGGUGGCAAAGAAGUCUCGCAUAAACACGAUCAUGGUGCUUGUCCAUAAGACUGACGGCAGCAAUGGGGAGAAGCGGCCGGGUUUCGACUUGGACUCACUCAGGCCCAGCAACCUUGUCACACUGGCCUCUUCCCACACCACGAGUACUGCCCGGGAUCUAGUCGAGAAGAUCAAUAGAUACAGGGGCAGUCAUCUGGACGGCAGCGCCAGGAAAGUCAUUGAGAAGACCGAGGAGCACCUGAGGGAGUUGGAGGCCGCCGGGAUGGGACUGCACGUGCCGCGGCGGAGGUAUGUCGCCUGGAAAGACGUGCCGGACUUGACGUUUGUCGAGGAUCUCCCGAACGAGUCGCUACAGCGGGCGCCUCCUGCACCAGCUACUCCCGACAGACGCAGUAAUAUUGCAGACGAAGUCAGUUGA